AUGGGCAGACAAAGGCCAAGGCACAUACGGGAGCUCCAAAGGAACAACAGAUUGAGUGCAAUUCAGUACAAUGGCACAGGAAAAACAAAAUUUACAAGUUUGGGAAGAGGUCAAGACUUAUGCACCAAAGAUGAUGAUGACUUUGACACUGGCCAUUUCAGCCAAAGUACCUGUGACAGUGAUAUGGAGCAAGAAUCAACUGAUACAAACACAGGAAAGGACCUGGCAGGAAGGACUCCCCAUCCAGCUGGUUCCCAAGCAGCUGAAUUACCUACACUCUACACGAUCUCUGCCUGCACGAGAAACUAUUGGGUCACAACACCAGUGGGAUCCAGGGGAACCUUUCCACUGGUGAUGGCCGGUCUGUCGCAGGUGGUGCCCCAACAGGGAGCUGAAUACGGGGGAUACCAGAGUGAAGGUCGCCGCGGGAAUACGAGGGCGCUCAGUGCACGCCUCAGGCAUCAACAGCUCUGUGCCUUUUUGGAGUUUGUUGAAAAGGUCUGCCGCUGGUUCCCCACGGAGGGAACUGUUAGUUUAGAAUUAUGGAAUAAGGUAGGAAAAAAAUUACAGGAUUAUUAUGCCGGCCACGGGCCUUCCAAAGUGCCUGUUGAUGUGUUUAGCCUUUGGGGUCUUAUCAAAGAGAGCUUAGAUCCUCGUCAAGGGACUUUAAUCUUAAUUGAUGUAAAAAACAGAUCUGUUUAUAUUAAAGGCUUCCCAAUGGAUGCAACCCUCAAUGAUAUCAAAGAACAGCUAGAAGAUAAAGGUCAAGUACUAAAUAUCCAGAUGAGAAGAACAUUACACAAAGCAUGUAAGGGAUCCAUAUUUGCUGUGUUUGAUAACAUUGAAUCUGCUAAGAAGUUUGUAGAAACUCCGGGCCAGAAGUAUAAAGACACAGACUUGCUAAUACUUUUUAAGGAAGAUUAUUUUGCAAAGAAAAAUGGAGAAAGAAAGCAAAAUGAGGUGGAAGCUAAAUUAAGAGCUAAACAAGAGCAAGAAGAAAAACGGAAGUUAGCAGAAGAUGCUGAAAUGAAAUCUCUAGAAGAAAAGAUUGGAUGCUUGCUGAAGUUCUCAGGUGACUUAGAUGAUCAGACCUGUAGAGAAGAUUUGCAAGUCCUUUUCUCAAAUCAUGGUGAAAUAAAAUGGAUAGACUUUGUCAGAGGAGCAAAAGAGGGAGCAAUUCUAUUUAAAGAAAAAGCCAAGGAAGCACUGGAUAAAGCCAAAGAUGCAAACAAUGGUAUCCUACAAUUAAGGAACAAAGAAGUGACGUGGGGAGUACUGGAAGGAGAGAUGGAGAAAGAAGCUUUGAAAAAAAUCAUAGAAGAUCAACAAGAAUCCCUAAACAAAUGGAAAUCAAAAGGUCGCAGAUUUAAAGGGAAAGCAAAAGGAAAUAAAGCUGCCCAGCCUGGAUCUGCUAAAGGAAAAGUACAGUUUCAGGGCAAGAAAACAAAAUUUGAUACUGAUGAAGAACGUGAUGAAAAUGGUGCAGCUGGACCAGUGAAAAGAGCAAGAGAAGAAACAGACAAAGAAGAACCUGCAUCAAAACAACAGAAAACAGAAAAUGGUGCUGGAGACCAGUAGUUUAGUAACCAAUUUUUUUUUUAAUUCAACUUAGAUUUUAAGCUGCUUUUUGUCUUUGGAGGCUUUUAAAAAGAAAACCAAAUUA